GCCACAACAGCAGCCGACGUCCAAGAGAGACCUUUCCUCUCCUCCCAUCCUCUCCACCUGAAACCCUACAUUAGAUCAUAGAUCCAACGGAUUCUUCUCUUUCGCCGGCCAGUUUUUUCACCAACGGUGAGAUCGUCUCCUGUAAAAUCCAUCGCUAGAGACACCACACAUUAGCUAUCUUUCAUCUAUCUCAAGAGACCCAAGUCCAAUUUCCUUUUCUCCCUUAAUCUCCGAUCAUUACAGAACCCAAACACCUCCUCAUCCAUUUUUCCGGCCACGGCAAGAUCAUUUGUUGCGAAACCCAUUUCCGAAGUCCCAAUUUGUAUGCUGUUUAUUACUGCCCUGCUGCCGUAUCUCUUCGCUGACGCAUACAAAACCAUUUUAGCUUGUUUUUGCCUUCGUAAUCUCAAAUUGGUCACGAAAUCAGGUCACCGGUAAUUGUUAUCUGAUUCGUCACCAGCUUAGUCACUAUACUUUUGCUGUGCUUCCUCCUUACAACGGUAACAGAGAAGCUCAAGCUUCUCUCCUCCUUGACGAAGCUGCAUUCUGCUGUUGCCAUCGCAAGAUCCACACCAGUUUUUAAGACAGACUUGUGGCUAGUAGAGGGGUUGUUAUUUGAAGGUUAUUUAGGAUUGAGAUUUGGAAUGAGCAAAGUGUAAAUCUUGUUGCAUGGGAAUGCAGACAAUGGGAUCUCAAUGUGAUGGUAGCAGUGAUGGAAAGCAGACUCAGUUCCAGCCGCUGGCACGGCAAAAUUCCAUGUAUGGUCUAACUUUGGAUGAGGUUCAAGAUCAUUUAGGUGACCUUGGGAAACCUUUGAGCAGCAUGAACCUGGAUGAACUGCUCAAGAAUGUAUGGACAGUUGAGGCUAACCAAUCCAUGGGUAUUGAAGUUGAGGGCACGCAAUUGGCCAAUCAAACUGCUUUGCAGCGUCAGGCAAGCUUAUCAUUAACUAGUGCUCUGAGCAAGAAGACUGUUGAUGAGGUCUGGAGAGACAUUCAACAAAGUAAAAACAAUGGGGAAAAGAAGUCGAGGGAACGGCAGCCUACUUUGGGAGAGAUGACUUUAGAGGAUUUCUUGGUAAAAGCCGGAGUUGUUGCUGAAGCAUCCUUGGAGAAAAAGGAUGGUGAUCCUGUUCUUGGGGUGGAUACAAAUAUAGGACCACAGUUCCCACAACAACAAGGUCAAUGGAUGCAAUACCCGCAUCCGCAGUAUCAGCAUCCUCAACAAAAUAUGAUGGGAGUUUAUAUGCCAGCUCAGCCAAUGCCUCAACCACUUCAUGUGGGGGCAGGUGCUGUAAUGGAUGUUUCGUACCCUGAGAAUCAAGUGCCCUUACCUUUACCUUCACCUUUGAUGGGAACAUUAUCGGAUGUACAGACACUUACAAGGAAAAGAGGCACGCCAGAGGAUAUGAUGGAGAAGACUGUGGAGAGGAGGCAGAAGAGGAUGAUCAAGAACCGGGAAUCAGCUGCCCGUUCACGGGCAAGAAAGCAGGCUUACACAAAUGAGCUUGAGAACAAAGUUUCUCGCCUGGAAGAAGAAAAUGAAAGGCUGAGGAAACGAAAGGAGCUGGAAAAGAUGUUGCCUUGUGUCCCCAUUCCUGAACCAAAAUAUCAGCUUCGCAGAACAACUUCAGCCCCAUUCUAACAUCGCAUCUAUUUCCUGUCCUGUGUGGAAAAUUUGUAGAUGUAAAUGUGUUUCUGGCUUGUGCUGGCAGCUGUUUAUGGCUUGUGCUUCUCAUGUGAGAAAUUUCUUGUAUCUACUCUAAAAAAAAAAAAAAAAAUUUGUUUUAGAGUUUUUCUGGUACACUUGUGUAGCUCUCAGUGUCUUUUUUUCCUUUUUAUAAAAAUAUCAUUGCGAGUUGCGACA